AUGACCCCGGAGGAGGAAGGUUCCCGGGUAGGGCCCCCGGAGCGGGUGUGUAUCCGGGUGGAAGAGCAGUCGUUCUGGGUGGAGAAGACCUUGUUGGUGGAGAGUAGUGAGUACUUCCAAGCCCUCUUCCGCUCGGGCAUGAAGGAGAGCAAGCAGGAGGAGAUCGGGCUGGGGGAGCUGAGUGCUUCUGGGUUCUUCACCAUGCUGCGGGUGCUGGCAGGGGAGAGGCCCAUCCUUGGCAGUGAGGAGACCUUCCAGGCAGUUGAGUGUGCUGCCUUCCUGCAGGUGAAGUCCUUGGCCAAGUACCUGAUCCACUCCAUCAACUCCGACAACUGCAUCCUGCUCUACCAAGCCGCUGCCAUAUUUGGUCUCCUGGACCUCUUCCACUGCGCCGCGCUCUACAUCAGGGACAGCUACGCCGAGCUGGAGGAGUACCUGGACUGCCUCUCUGAUGACCUGUUGGCCUAUGUGGAGACUCUGCUGCCCAGCACCUUCGUGGCAGUGGGAGCACACACACCCACCUUUGAGUUCCUGGAGGACCUCUCCAGGACCAUCUGCUACCUGGAUGAGGAGACCAACACAUGGAGGACCCUCUCCUGCCUGCCGCUGAGCGCCAGCACGUUCCUAGCCGGCAUGGCGACCAUGGAUAAUAAGAUCUACAUUGUGGGUGGUGUCUACGGGGCCAGCAAGCAGGUGGUGGAGAGCAGCUUCUGCUAUGACGCCGAUGCCAACUCCUGGAGCGAGUUCCCCAGCCCUCACCAGCUGCGCUACGACGUCAGGCUGGUGGGCCAUGAGGGCUACCUCUAUGCUAUUGGUGGGGAGUAUGAGAAGAUCUCCCUGAAGUCUGUGGAGAGGUACGAUGUGUCCUCCAGCACCUGGACAUUUGUCUCUGACCUGCCACAGCCAAGCACGGCGGCACCCUGCGCCCAAGCCCUGGGGCAGAUCUUUGUUUGCUUGUGGAAGCCGCUGGACACCACCAUCAUCUACGAGUAUGAGACCCAGCAAGACGUGUGGCUCCCUGUCACCGAGCUCAAGCGGCACCAGAGCUACGGGCACUGCAUGGUGUCCCACCGUGACAACCUCUACAUCAUGCGCAACGGCCCCUCAGAUGACUUCUUGCGUUGUGUCAUCGACUGCUUCAACCUGACAUCACGGCAGUGGACAGCCCUGCCUGGGCAGUUCCUCAACAGUAAAGGAGCCCUCUUCACUGCUGUCAUCAGGGGUGACACAGUCUACACUGUCAACAAGAUGCUGACGCUCCUCUACUCUGUGGAAGAGGACACCUGGAGGUCCAAGAAGGAGCGGGCAGGUUUCCCGCGCAGCGGCUCCCUGCAGACCUUCCUCCUGCGGCUGCCAAGGCGUAACCACAAUAUGGCAACAUAG